AUGGCAGCAGGUCCCCUGACUGCAGCAACUGCAGAUCAUCUUCUCAACUAUGAUACAACCGACGAUGAAGAUCCAUUUGGUGACACGCCCGUUAAAGCCGUACGCGACGACAAGCCAACUCUAAGUCCACGACAAAAUAAGAGGAAACCAGAUGAUGGAGGAGAUGGACUGGGUAUCGACGAAGAAGUGCAGAUCAAAAAGAAGAGGAAACCAAUCGCGAAACUCGACGAAGCAAGAGUUCUCUCGGCUCCAGGGAUACCCAAGCUACGCGAAUUAGCAAGAUCAGGGAAAAUAUCCAAGAAACUAAGGUUGAAGGGCAAAGGCCAUGAAUUUUCCGACGUGGCACGCCUACUCAACUACUACCAGCAGUGGCUGGACAAUCUAUAUCCUAGGGCGAAGUUCGCCGAUGGUCUGCAACUGAUUGAGAAAGCCGGCCAUAGUAAACGUAUGCAGGUCAUGCGAAAGGAAUGGAUCGACGAGGGCAAGCCUGGCUAUAUCGCCAAGAAGCCGAACGCGCAUGGAGACGAGUUUGAAACGGAUGAUCUCUACGGUGCAGGAGAUGUCAACGCCACGGAGAUCGGAAACAAGCAGGACUCGAAUCCCAUCGCAAGCAUUUUCAGAAGUGCUGAUGACGCUGAUGACUCAUUCUUCAUUGCCGACUCGAACACGAAUCGUAAUUCCAUUGAUGAUCUCGAUCUGCCAGAGGACGACGAGCUGGACGCACUACUAGCGGAGCAAGACACAAGACCCGCGUCCUCCAAACCCCAAGCCACAACCAACAAUAUGGACUCCGAGGGCGAAGACGACCUCGAUGCACUGCUAGCAGAGCAGGAGAACCGACGUGUUCCGACUUCCACAUCUACUUCUCAAAAGGCGGGAGCACCAGCACCCAAGUCGCAGCCAUUUGACGAUGACGAUGAUGAAGACGAGCUGGAUGCACUGCUCGCAGAACAAGAAGCAGAAGCUCUAGUGCGACCACCAACUAUGCAAGCCCGAGCUCGUGAAAGCACACCGACUGUGCCACAACGCCCGGCACGUAUCUUCGACGACGACGAGGAUGACGAAAUGGAUGAUUUGGACGCCCUACUGGCAGAGCAAGAUGCAGCGCAGACCCAGAGAACUACUUCGAUGCCAUCAACUGCGAUCCCCAUAGGAAUUGAACAACGCACGAAUGAUGCAGGCACGAGUGUCGUUGGUCAAGCGCAGUCGGAUGUGAAUGCAGAUGCUCAGGCAGCAGAUGGCGAGGAAGGCACGAUGCUUGUACAGGGUGCUAGUGCAGAGAAACCAAAGGGAGAAUCGCAAGACGCCGACGGAGAAGAGUUCGAUAUGGAGGGCAUGUUCUCUUCCUCUCCCGCGGGGCAGGAAGCUUGA